GAAAUGAAAUGAAAAAAAGAUAUAUUUAAUUACUCUAUUUUGUAAAAAAAAAUGUAAUAAUAUAACCCAAACUAAAUACUUGCUUCAAAGUGUGAAAAUAUUGCAAAUGGAAUUAUUAUCGUUGUUGUGAACAAAUUGGAUUUUCAAGUGCCAGGCCCAAGAGACAAUAAAGGUUUUUGAAAAACUUGCCAGCUGUCAUGUCGUCCUAAUUAGAAAUAAACUAAAAUUCAGUUAAAAAAUUACAAACCAAAAAAUGCUUGCGAAAGAAAAAGAAAGCCAAUAACAUUCUAGUUGCCACUUAACUGUGCUGCUCGUCAUUCAAGUCAUAUGUGUGCCUACCUAAAUCGAAAACUAGCCGCGGAGAAAAAUCAAAGAUUUACCGGUGAUAGAUACAAGCGAACGAGAACAACGAACGUCCAGGUGGAAGACCAAAUAACCCACUUUUACAAAAUGCAAGAAGUUUGCACAACGCUCGAAAGCCAAAUGGGGGCACAAAUCAAAUCGGAAUCACCGUUAACAGCUAUGCAAGUGCAGACAGGUCAGACAAUAUUGCCGGGAGCAACGCCACAGGUGCAGCAGCAGCAGCAACAACAGCAUCAUCAGCAACAGCAGCAACAACAUAAUCAAGUGGCAGUAACGGCUGCUGCCAUGAUUGCAAAUAAAAUGGGACCAAACUGUGAUAAGCGCAAUGUUGGACCAGCAGGUGGUCUAGUGCCGGUGGGUGUUGGUGGCAAUCCGGAGCCACCAUAUUGGAUGACCGCCUCUGAAGGGGGUUUCAUAAACUCCCAGCCCUCAAUGGCUGAAUUCCUCAAUCAUUUGAGUCCGGAGAGUCCAAAAAUGAUGGGUGGCGGGGGUAAUGGUAGUGGAGGUGUGACACCCGUUGGUGGUGGCGGCGGAUAUCCGGUUGGUGUUGGCCUACCACAGACACCAGACGGCAUGGAUUCAGUGCCCGAAUAUCCAUGGAUGAAAGAAAAGAAAACAUCACGAAAAAAUAGCAACAGCAAUAGUCAAGCUGAUAAUGCCAUAACUGAAUUCGUUCCAGAAAAUGGCCUGCCACGUCGUUUACGCACCGCAUACACCAACACCCAGCUGCUGGAACUGGAAAAGGAAUUUCAUUUCAAUAAAUAUUUGUGUCGUCCACGUCGCAUUGAGAUUGCCGCCAGUUUAGAUUUAACCGAACGACAGGUAAAAGUGUGGUUUCAAAAUCGACGCAUGAAGCACAAGCGCCAAACCCUGUCGAAAACGGACGAUGAGGAUAACAAAGAUAGCCUAAAAGGUGAUGAUGAUCACUCCGAUAGUAAUUCUAAUUCUAAGAAAUCAUGUCAAGGUUGCGAAUUGCCCUCCGAUGAUAUACCGGAUUCCACAUCGAAUUCAAGGGGUCACAACAAUAAUACACCAAGUGCUACGAAUAACAAUGCCAGUGCUGGGAGUUUGACACCAAAUUCUACCCUGGAAUCAGGCAUAUCAUCCAAUUUAUUGGGCAGCACCACCGUAUCGGCCUCCAAUAUGGUCAGUGCAGAUUCCAGUGUGGCCUCCAGCGGCAGUCUAGAUGAUGAUCUGGAAGAAGCUCCCAUAAAAGUCAAGAAAAAAGAUGAUCAACACAUCAAAAAGGAAUCAUCGGUGGUGUCAACAUCUACCCAAAAGAUCUCACAAUACUCUGGCUAUGAUACACCCAUAUCCAUGGGCGGUGGUAUUGGCUCGGGUUAUCGUCGUGAUUCCGAUACAUCUUCACAGCAUAGUCAGGCCACGGCCAACAGUAGCACUGGACCAGUGGCUGGUAGUAAGAGACGUUUCCAAAAUUCCAACAAUUCGUCCAAUAACAAUGCUAACAUGUCAGCAGGAAUGGCAGCUGAGAAUAAUGGUCCCUUUUAUCCGGGAGGUUAUUAUGGCAAACAACAACAACAACAACAAAUGCAACAGUCACCACAACAACAAUUACAUGGGCAACAACAACAACAGCAUCAUCAACCCCAACCACCGCCUGGGCCACCCGGACAAGAUUAUUACGGCAAAUAUGAUAUUGAAUUCGCCGCAGCAGCUGCUGCUGGUGGCUCACCACAACAUUUGGUUCAUCGUCUUCAACAACACCAACAGCAGGCACAACAACAGCAAAUUCAUGUACCCAAUGGCGAAUAUCUUAGUCCCAAACCAGAUUUCAUGUCUUCGGCCCAGAGUUCACCGCACAUGAAAGGUGGUAGUGGUGUUGGUGAGAAACUACACCAUGGUACCACAAAUGUUUUCCCCACUCAAACCCAACAUGGCCAGCACAUACAACAACCAUUCUAUAAUCACCAAGCUGGUGCUGCUGGUGGUGGUGAAGCUAUGCAUUUUCAAGGCAACCAUGGUUACAAUCAACAUUCUCACCACACGGCUGGCAGUGGUGGCGCUGUGUUUGGACCCCACAAUCAACACCAAAUUCCCAAUGAGUUUGAUGGUUCUGGCAAUUACUACGAUCCCAAGGGCCAUGUAGCAAAUGGUGCUGGCUCAGGCUAUUACGACCAGCUCGGCUUUCAACAACAUCAACAGGGUGAUUUCAAUCAUCACAAUCAGCAGCAAUUGCAUAUGUCUCACAUAAAUUCACCCACUGCUUCGGCUUUGGGUAUUCACAUGGAGGGUUCGGCGCCACCAGUCGCGGCACCUGGUGGUGGUGUCGUCCAACACAAUCAAAUGCAACAUCAAUUUUACGGUAAUCAUCAUUUGCAUCCGCAUUCACAUCCGCCACAACAUCCCGGCCAUCCACAACAGGGUGGUGUUGUAGACCAUCAUUACAAUCCGCAUGGUUAUAACCAUCAUGGACAUGGCUCACAUUUUGGCCACCAUCAACAAGUCUUGAAUGAUAACCAUGUCGGGCCACCUAUGCCAGUAGAUGGUCUCCUGGACAGUGAACCACCACCGCCACACGUUCAAAUGCCAACAAAUGCUGUGGCCGCCAAUUUUGUUAAUCCUGCAAAUGUGCCGCAAACGGCUGCCAUGACACAAGCACACCACAACAAUAAUUUCCCGCAAACUGCCGGACCGGGAGGCAAUCUCACCGGUAUGGUGGAAAAUUCCAAUAGUUCAUCGGAUUUUAAUUUCUUAAGUAAUUUAGCAAAUGAUUUUGUGCCCGAAUAUUAUCAAUUGAGUUAGUUAAUGUAAAUGGUUUAAUUAAGAAAGUCAGAAAAAAAUACAUAAAUAAUUAUAUCAUAAUUAAGUGUAAUAUUUUUUUAUAUAAACAAUUCCAAUAACAUUGAAUAAAUCCAAAUCAUGUAUAUAGCUAAAUCAAUUCUUUGUAAUUCCUCCUCUUUAUAAUUGUAAUUUUUCAAAUGUGGUUUACCGAAAGAGAAAAAAAACAAAUUGCAAAAAAAGUUAAUAGAAUUUAACAAGUGUAUUAGAAUAGUAUUAAGACUUAAACAUUUUUUUAAAUUAUAUCUUAAUUUUAUUAAAAAAAUCUCUCAUUUUGUAUAAAUACAAUUUUUUUAUGUUGUAGUAUUACUAAUGAAACUAAAAUCAUAUUAGCAUCUUCGAAUUUGAUUUUAAAAAUCAAUCAAUUCUGUCAGAAAAUGAAAUAACUUUAACAAAAAAGAAAAAAAAUCAAUAAAAAAUAACACAUUUAAUAUGAAUAGUAGUUAAUUAUCUUAUACGUAAUACUGGUAGUAAUUGUUUAUAUGGAGGAGCAUACAUUGAAUCCGAUUUCGAUUCAAGUGCAAUUUUUUUGUAAAUAUUUUU